AUGAUUGAAAAAUUACAAAAAUUUUUCCAUCUUUAUGAUGAAAAAUUGACCGAAAUUUUUAUCGAACGUAAUCAAUUCAAUUACCGGAAAAAACAUCUUUUAAUAAUUGCAUUAUUUACAUUUACAGUGGCAAGAAUUUUAAUUUGUUUAAUUAGUUAUUAUUGUCAUAUAAAUAUAUGGCAAUAUGAUCCAUUAUUUAAUUUUUUCAUAUUUGAUCAUCCACAUUUAUUUCAACGUUAUUCAAUAAUAUUAUUAUGUGCAUUAUUAUUCGGUAUGGAAUGUGAAAGAAAAAUUUUCUUUACAAAUGUUAAUAAAUUAACAUAUAAAUUACCAUAUGAAUUAUCAUUAACAAAUACUGAACAAUGUAAACAAUGUUGGAUAGAGGAAAAAGAUAAAGAAAUCAUAUUAAAUACCUAUAUAUUAAAACCAUCGAAUAAAUGGUUCGAAUUUAUUAUACCAAUUCGAUUAUAUCGAUGGUAUCGUCGACAAUCGAAUAAAUUUGAUUAUUAUUUUCAUUUUAAAUAUGUUGAUCAGAAAAAAUUAUCAAAUUUUAAAUUAGAAACAAUACCAAACAUUUCGAUUGAAUCAAGAUCAUUUUUAAUGAUUAUUAAUUUUAUUAUACAACAACUUUGUUUUAUUAGUCAUAUUUCAUUGGGUAAAAUAUAUCAUUCGCAAAUAUUUAUACAUUUAUUCAUUUGGUUUGAUAUAUUCAUGUUUUCGGUACAUUUUCUUGUUAUUCUACAUAAUGCAAUAAUAUUAGUUAUUAUGGUAUCGAUAACAAUUAUUUAUCAAAUAUUUAUAUUGAAAAAAAUUAAUUCAUCAUUACGUUCAUUAUCAUUACAAAGUCAUCGUAUUAAUAAUCAUCCAUGUAUAAAUGGUAUAUAUCGUUCAUCAUAUAAUUUAAAUGAACAAAUAAUGUUAAUACAAUUAUUACAUGAACAUAAUCGUAUUGUUCAUUAUAUAAAUGUUUCAUCCAAUGAUAUUUAUAGUAAAUUAUUUUUUCGUAUAUUAAUAUUGUUUUUACCAUCACAUAUAUUGGGUGUAUCAGCAUUAUGGAAUCAAUUAGGUCUUUGGUAUGAUAAAAUAUUGAUCAGUUUUAUUAUAUUUUUUGAAGAUUUUCUUCUUUUACCAUUAUAUUUUAUUGCAUUACAAAGUAAAUUAUUACGAUGUUCGGAAAAAAAUCUUACAUCAAUUAUUUAUUGUAUACGUAGGCCAUUAUCAUUUAAAAUUAAAUAUGAUAAUUUUUUUCAUUGUUUAACAACUGAACCAUAUUAUGGUCAUUCGAUUGCUAAUAUUGGUACAAUUACAUUUCGUACAAUGUUUAAUAUAAUGCUUUCCUAUGUUGGCCUAUUUAUAUUCAUUUUACCAAAAGAAUAUCUACUAAAAGGUUAACCGAAAACAAACAAAUUUAAUGACGAAAAAAACCGAUUUUAAUUUCAAUUUUGAACUUUGAAAAAAAAUCCAUUCAUUCAUUCAAGACUA